AUGAGUACUGGAAUUCCCUGUGAUGGAGAAUCUGUUUUUAAACUCUCCGUGGUCUUAUUGUGCAUUUUAUCUCUGCUGUGGCUAGUCGUACUGUUUCUUUUCAUUUGGGUCAGGAAGAUACAAAAAGAAGCCGAGAAAACAUACAAGGAUUUGAGCAUUUAUUUCAAAGCAGCUGUGGAUGUAACACCACCAGAAAGAGAAAAUUCACCUGAAAUUAAAGCCGACAGCGUUUUUUCAUUUCCCUUGGUAAUAUCAAACAAGCGAGCUGUUAAUUCCGACGCCGAAAAGUCGUGGAAAAGCAUCAACAGAACAUUUGCUUAUUCACAGGGAGACCAGGAGGGAGAUGAUAAGAAACCUGUGUUAGAGGAUACACCUGAGACUCAAGAAUAUUCAGCCGAUGUUUUCACUUUAAAGGAGCCAGAAAACCUUGAGAACCUGAAUGAUUCCUCUGGCAUAAAGGCAGUUGUUGAUAGCCCAUCAGUGCUGUUUUUAUCCGGUGAAAAUCCUGUUGAAAGGAAAUGCCAACAAAAAGCCUUCAGAAGCAUGCGCGACUACUUAGAUCUUUGCGAAAAAUCGUCGCCAGUGAAGGAGAGUUCACUUGUACUUAUUGAUGUUGAUAAUUCGUUUCCGGCUACGGGGGAAGAAGAAUGGCUUGAAGAUGAAACGUUUCAUGAGCAGCAAAGUCUUUCAAUGGAGACCGAUGCAAGGGAAUCAAAGGAAAAGUCGACUAGCGAGAAAAAUUUAGAAUCGACAGCCAAUCUUGACCAACCUGAGAGGGCAAAGAACGGCGCUAAUGAAAUCAUUGGUGAUGAACAUCUUUCAGAAAAGAUAACAUCCGGGAUAUCGGAGAGUGCUAAAUUUACGAAUGGCCAUCUUGAAGUGGAUAUUAUGGUCCCUCGUCAGGAGGACGAGGCUCAGAUCCUUCUUCCAAAUGCAACCAAACAGGUGAAGAAACGGAAACCUAGAGCCAAAAAACAACCCAAAGAAAAACGCAAAUCAAAGGGUUACCCCGCCUUGCCUGAUAAUAAUCAUAUUGAGCCGAUGCAGGUGAGAAAAGAGCAAGAACAGCCGGAUUGCAGGAUCCAGCCAGGUGCUGCCCAACAUUCUGAACUGGAGCUUUUGAGGAAGGGAACCAAUCAGGAUUUUGAUGAAGAUGGCAAUAAAAAUGUUCUUGGCGAAAAUGAAAAUGACAAGAAAGGCAAGGAUGUCUCAGUAAAUCAUUGUCAAGCUGGUACGAAAGAGGAAGCAGAGGUAGAAGAGAGCUACGAGGUCGUCGGAGAUUCCUCAAUAUCGAGCCAAUGGCCAAAAAGUUCUCGUAAAAAUACGAAUCACCCAAUGCACGAUGCUAAUGCUAACUUAAAAGAGCAAAAUGAUCAAGACAUCAAUGACGAGAUUUAUUCCAAUAUUGACAAUGACAAUGAGGGUGACAAUGACGUCGAACCAUUUUACGUUAACUAUCAGAAUCUUAAACGUCAUGUGGAACAAGGAAUUUCCCAGGAUGAUUCUCACGUUUAUGCCGACAUGGACGAGCUUCAACGAGAAUCCCGAUUUUCUUUCAACAACGCUGCCUUUGUCAGUGCUGAUGACGAGCCGUUUUACGUCAAUACAGCUGAAAUGAAGGAUGUUUAG